GCCUGCCAGGCUGCGACACAACUGUCUCUCUAUAUGUGCUUCGCAGAGUUGACUCGGCCAUCCCGAUCCUUUGACUCGUGGGCGGCACAAUGGCUACCUACCUCCUUUUCUGUACGGCUGACAUCGCCCCAGAGGUACUUGAUACGCUGCUGUCGACGCCUAAACACGACUCCUUCUCGCUCGUCCGCAAUCCGGAGCAAAGCGCCUUCGACCUGCAACCUACAAAAACGCCAGUAGCUCCCUUCAACACGGGCUUCGCCAAUUGGACCUCGGAGCAGAUCCGCAAGUUCGUCACCAAGCACCUACCAGACACCCCCAACGGAUCCAAUCUGGUACCUGGGGUGUAUGCGUUGCUCGACGCCCGAGGCGGACGGGACGGCACGAUCGUUAUAGGUCACUCGUACUCUCCCCUCUUGGAAAGGGAUGUCGACACGAUGACGGAGGAGGAGCGGGAGGAGUGGGAGGAAGCCGUCGAGUCGCACGAUUACGACAAUGACGAAGACCUGGAGUGGUGGGAAUGGAGGGUCACGUUUGACGACUCUUGGCACCUGACUACACUCCUUGACUUCGAAUCGGAUUCCACGCGGCUGCUGUACGACCGGGACUUUGUUGCUUCCCACACCGACGCGAAUGGAGUCUUUCAGAUGACGCGUGCAUGGAAAGAGUUUACCCGGGGCGAAGGGGAUUAAUUUGACGAGUCGUCUGACCACUUUCGCUGCUUCCCAUAUCCGCUCGUUACGUGCCUUCGCUUGCGCCGGCACUUCCCAUGUCGAUAUUGCUACAGGCCGCGGUUCCGUUGGAGUCGACAAGCCAAAUGGCACGGAUACUGUAUGCAUCGUCUCGGAGGUCAGCCCCUCCGGCGCGCGGCAUAUACUGCAAAAGGCUACCCCACACGCUCAAACUCUUCCCCGGAGGGGCUUUGUGGGGCUGGGAGAGAUCGACACGCGGGGGAAU